AUGUCAUCCUUGAAGUCCUCUGCCUCCUCCAACUCUCCUUUUGAAAAUGGAGUCAUGCUGUACAUGGCCUAUUUAAGCAAGGAGGGUCUGCAAACAUUCAAGCAGCUUUUAGUGGAUGAGAACCCCAGGCCUGGAUCAGUCCAGAUCACCUGGGACCAGGUCAAGACAGCCAGAUGGGGAGAGGUUGUUCAUCUCUUGAUGGAGUUCUUCCCCGGACGACUAGCUUGGGAUGUGACUCAUGACAUCUUUGCCAAGAUGAACCAGACAGAAUUGUGUCUUCGGGUACAGAUGGAGCUAAAUUACAUUCUGCCCAACCUGGAGCCCGAGGACUCAAACCCAAGAGAAAUGCCAGUGAAUUUGGAGGAAGGAGAAUCUGAUAAAAUACAGGCGUACAAAGUGCACGUGACAGAUGAGUAUUCCAUGACACGGACGAUGACCACCUGGUCUGGGAGCCAUGCAGACUUCUUCUACCAAGACAUAGAGAGACACGAGAGGUUCUUACCAUGCCUUUUUCUUCCCAAAAGACCUCAAGCCAGACAGCCCAAGACUGUGGUCCUACAGGGAGUCGCUGGGGUUGGAAAAACAAGUUUGGCCAAAAAGGUGAUGUUGGAGUGGGCGGAAAACAAGUUCUACCGCCACAAGUUCCAGUGUGCUUUCUACUUCCAUUGCCGGGAAAUGGCUCAGGUGGAUGAGCAGAGCUUCGCAGAGCUGAUUGCCCGUAAGUGGCCUGGGUCACAGUCUCUCAUGUCCAAGAUUAUGUCCAAACCAGACCAACUUCUGCUCCUCUUUGAUGGCUUUGAGGAAGUGUCACUGACCCUCACGGAUAGACCAGCUGACCUGAGUGAUGACUGGAUCCAGAAAUUGCCCGGGCCUGUCCUCCUGGCUAGUCUGCUGAGCAAAAGAAUGCUUCCCGAAGCCACCUUACUGAUCACCUUCAGGUUCACAUCUUGGAGGAAGCUCAAGCCCUUCCUGAAACACCCCUCUUUCAUAACACUCACGGGGUUUAGUAUGGCAGAAAGAGCCAAGUACUUCAGGACAUAUUUCGGAAACAAGAGGGAUGCUGAUGAAGCCUUGAGGUUUGUCACGGGAAACACAGUUCUCUUCUCCAUGUGUCAGGUCCCUGCAGUUUGCUGGAUGGUGUGUUCCUGUCUGAAACAGCAGAUGCAGAGAGGAGCAGACCUUGCACAGGCAUAUCCAAACGCCACAGCUGUAUUUGUCCAGUAUCUGUCUGGCUUCUUUGCCACCAAGCCUCGAAGCCCUCCCAGGAACACUCAUCAGACACGACUGGCAGGUCUGUGUUACUUGGCCGCAGAGGGCAUGUGGAACAUGAGAUGGGUGUUUGACACGAAAGACCUCGAGCAGGCCAAGCUAGAUGAGACCGCUGUUGCUACUUUUCUCCGUGUGAAUAUUUUUCAAAGGGUGGCAGGCGACGGAGACCGCUAUGCAUUUGCCACUCUAAGCUUCCAGGAGUUUUUUGCUGCCUUGUUGUACGUUCUGUGCUUCCCACAACAACUCAGAAAUUUCCGGGUGUUGGACCGUGUUCAGAUCAUACGCCUGAUAGCAUAUCCCGGAAGAAAGAAAAACUAUCUUGCUCAGAUGGGGCUCUUCUUAUUUGGCCUUUUAAACGAAACGUGCGCUUCAGCUGCAGGGAAGUCAUUUGGAUGCAAGCUGUCCCUGGGCAACAAGAAGAAGUUGCUGAAAGUGGCAGCCCUGUUGCAUGAAUGUGGCCCACCCACACUGCACCACGGCGUCCCGCAGCUGUUCUACUGUCUGCAUGAGAUCCAGGAGGAGGCAUUUGUGCGUCAGACCCUAAGCGAUUGUCAGAAGGCUGCUUUGAUCAUCAGCAAGAAGAAAGACAUGCAAGUGUCUGCCUUUUGUCUUAAGCACUGUCAACGUCUGCGGGAUCUAGAACUGACUAUGACCCUGACCAUCCCCCACGUGGGCACACUCAGCCCGGAUCCCCUCCAUUCUGCUGAACCAGAAAGCAGUGACCAGUGUUUUCUCUGGUGGCAAGAAUUCUGCUCCGUGUUUAGGACACAUGAGAAUUUGGAAGUCCUGACUUUGACCAACACUUCUUUGGAGGCUGAGUCAGUGAAGGUUCUUUCUGCGGCUCUGAGACAUCCUGGGUGUAAACUGCAAAAACUCAUCUUCAGAUGUGUGCAUCCCUCCAUGCUGAACAAAGACUUAAUCCAAGUUUUGAUUGAAAACCAGUAUCUGAGCUACUUGGAAAUACAAGGCACGGAAGUGAGACGUGAGGCCAUGGAGUUUCUGUGCACAGCCUUGAAAUGUCCACAGUGCUAUCUGCAGUGUCUGAGGCUGGAAGACUGCUCAGUUACCCCUAAAAUGGAUCGACUGGAGAGGCUGUCAUUGGAGAAUUGUGAGCUCGCGCUGCUUACCUGUAAAAUUCUUACCUCCUCCCUCAAGAGUAAUGAGAUGCUGACCCGUCUGAGCUUGGCAGAAAGUGCCCUGAAGGACGAAGGAGUGAAGGAGCUUUGCAGCGCCUUACAGUGUUCCACGUGUCCUCUACAGAGGCUGGUCCUGAGAAACUGUGCCCUGACCUCCAACUGCUGUCCGGACCUGGUCUCCGCUCUGGAUAAAAACAAAAAUUUGAGAAGCUUAGACCUUGGUUUUAAUAGCCUGAAGGAUGAUGGCGUUAUCCUGCUCUUUGAGGCCCUCACGAAAGCCCAGUCUGGCCUCCAGAUUCUGGAGCUGGAGAAGUGCCUGCUCACCGCUGUCUGCUGCCAGGCUAUGGCUUCCAUGGUCCUGCACAACCAGAGCCUCAGAUACCUGGACGUGAGCAAGAAUGACAUCGGGCUCAGGGGCAGAGAGCUCCUGCGGGAGGCCUUCCAGCAGCGCAAGGGGAAAGAGAAGGUUGUUCUGUAA